UCGUUAGAAAGCUCAGUCAGUCAACAAUCCAUCAAAACAAAAUAUACAAAGUUAUACAGCGUAUGAGCCAGAGAGACAAAGGAAAAUAAGAGAAAUGGGCAAAAUAUUCUUGGACCAUAUUGGUGGGACCCGAUUAUUUUCAUGUGCAGCAUGCGAUGUAGUAUUAACAAACCGUUCGGAACUUAUAAGUACUAGAUUUACUGGAGCUACAGGACGCGCAUAUCUCUUCCACAAAGUGGUCAAUCUUGUGUACUCGGAGGUCCAGGAUCGUGUUAUGUUGACGGGAAGGCAUAUGGUGAGGGAUGUAUCUUGUAAAAACUGCGCGACAAAACUUGGUUGGGUUUACGAAUUUGCUACAGAAGAGAAUCAAAGAUAUAAAGAAGGCAGAGUGAUUCUAGAGAGAGCUUUAGUGAAUGAAACUGAAGGCAUUGAAGAAAUUCCAGUGAAUAAUGACGACUAGCUGUUAAUAAUAUCAUUUAAAGAGAGUAAAUUAACAAAAUUUUUUUACACCUAGCAAUUAUUUCACAUCAUUAAAAUUUUAAUAGACUUGAAUUUAUUUUGUACUAAAUUAAUAAAUAUAAAUGAAUUUUCUUUCUCAGAAUAAUA